CUAAUUAUCAAUCAGAUCAGUGUCCUCGGACACCUCGUCCUGAAGAACCAUCCGGCAUCAUCCUGGCUAACGACCUGUCUGGCAGUGGCCCGGGUGGCGGUGUUGGUUCCGUCGGUGGUACAUCGGUGGGUGGCUCCCUACCGACAACCCUUAGCCUGGAUCAUCAACAGUUCAACAUAUUUCCGGCUAUAUUCAGCCGACAGUUGAAUUUCUCAGCUGCGGCAGCCAACUGUGGACAGAACAAACUCAUGGAUGAGUUGAGGCCGAAUCUUGGACUACUCGGAGUUGGUCUAGUUGACAAUGACACGUUUCAUCUUAACCACAAUCAGGAGAAGAGAAAGUGCAGUAGUACCAGCUCGAAUGAACAGGACUUUGGACUUUACGGGGUGCACCAGGGGCUUGAGGCAAGCCCACCAACACCAGCUGCUACACCAGGAAGAAAUAGCGUCGGAAAUGCUGCCUCUGUUGGGGCUGAGGGUGCGUUUAAAAAAUUGAAACCCGAACCCUGCGCCUCCAGUCCACACAUCGGCCACACACCCACCACAGCCAGUUGUCCGACGCCGGCACGACGGCGGCACAGGACCACUUUUACACAGGAGCAGCUGGCGGAAUUGGAAUCGGCGUUCGCAAAAUCCCAUUAUCCGGACAUAUACUGCAGAGAGGAAUUAGCGAGGAGCACGAAAUUGAACGAGGCCAGAAUCCAGGUGUGGUUUCAAAACAGAAGAGCAAAGUACAGAAAACAGGAGAAACAAUUACAAAAAGCAUUGGCACCGAUACCAGCCUGUCAAGGAGCGAUGAUGAGGAAUAUUUACCCAGGUGCUGGAAGAGGAUAUCAGCCUUACGCACACCCUCACAACAGCAUAAACGGCAUCAACCGCUACCCCCAGAUGGGAGCGACGUCAUACCCCAGUAUGCCGCAGCCUUUCUCGAUGUCCCACUCUGCGUCCAACAUGUCAGCAGUUACCGGAAUGCGGCAAGAUGCGAUGGGAAUGUCAGCAGAGGAUGAGUGGUACAACAAGAGCAUCUCAGCCCUGAGGAUGAACACGGCGCAUCAUCCAAACCUAGCAGCCCCAAUGCUUCAGUAUCAAACAUAACUUUAAAUUUUUCGAGAUGUUUAGAGACAUCCGAAAAAUAAGGGACUUGUUGAUUCGUUCCUGAAUAUACUUGACCCACAUUUUGAUUUUCUAGUCAAACUGAAUAACUGAUCUAGUCACAUUUCACUGUUCAUAAAUUAUUAAUUGAACAUUCCAGUAGCGAAAUGGUAAAUUGAGAUAAGUCGCUCGUUCCUAUUGACCAGUUUUUUUAUGAAUAUCUCGAGAUCUAGGGAGGAUAGCAAAAUUUUUGUUGAAUACUUUUCUGUAGAGUAAAUUGAGUACUACAAAAAAUGUCAUGACGAAAAUUUCGCUAGGUCUCUUACAUUUUGAGAUAUUUGAGGAAUACAAAAUGUUCGUGAGGGCCGACUCAAGCUGACCUGUUCUACUGCUUCGUUACUGAAAUCAUAAUUGAAAUGUCGUCUAAUCAAGAACACAUGUUCUUCUUUCAUUCUUUACGGUUGAUUACCCCUGGAUUUGUCCGGUUUUCAUUCAUUCCCCGUCAUUACAAUUUUUUUCUUUUAUUUAAAGGAAAAGAAAAACGAAUCUGACAGUUUUGAUAACGUAGCUGUGCCUACGUGUCCACGAAAGUAUGCAUUAUAUAUUAUAAAAAAUUAAUUAAUCAAGUCGAUUUAUAAUCCACAAGAGCAUCGAUUCUGUCUUGUCUGAACCUUCCUGAUUUUCUAAUUUUUAUCGUACAAUUCCAUUCACCAAUACUAUUCGAGACAAGCCAGAGUGAAAAUUGCGAUAAGUGAAAACUCCACUAGGCUGUUUCGUUAAUUAUCUCCAACAACGAAGCGAGAUCUCGGCAAGAACCUUAAUAAUACAAAAUAAAAACAAAUAAUUGAUGAAACAAUUUCCGAUAAAAUCGAAUAAGCGAAAGAAUAGCCGUGACGAGAGAAAUAAAAUUAAUUGUAAAUAAAAGAGUGAAAAUUAAUAUUUAAAGUGGCACAUGUGGAAAAUACAGUGCACAUAGUGUUUAAUCGGCGGGUAUAAUGAAAAAAAAAAUAGUGUACGCAAAUUUUUCAAUGUCCUUUUAAAGUAUAAGCCAAGAUACCCUUUAAAUAAAUAUUAGAGAUUGAAAUUUCUGUGGCUUUCGUUUGUUAUUACGUAAAAAAUCAAUUUUGUUGUGAAGUCGUUGUGGUGCAUGAAUCGAUUCUUUGAGAAAUACAUCUGAAUUCAGUGGAAGUUAACUAAUUUGUUUAUUUCCAUCGCAACAGAAAUAUUUUUCAAAUGAGAAUAGCCAUUGAUUCAUCAUCGCAUUUCGUAACUUCAUCGCGGAAUUUUAAAGAUUUUUUUUAGGAAUAAAAGACAUUGCGUGGAUGAGGUCAAAGAAUGUGAGUGCAUCGAACGUAAUGAAUUAUUUAUUAAGUAAAUAAUUGCAUAUUUUAUUUAAUGAAUAUUUGUUUAUCCACAAUUGAGGUUCACUGGUGAGUGAGAAAAAAUUUGUUGCGUUAUGAGAAACAACAGUGAAUUGUUGCUUCGAUGUUGACUUUCGAUUGAUUUUUGCAAUUAAUUCCCGAUCCCUUCACUCGUGAUACUUGUCCAGUCAGCAAUUGUCUAUAUUGGUGUCAUUCUUCGAUAACUGUUUAAUCAAAUAUUACAGACUCAAAAUGGGAGAAUCCAAAUUUCCCCAAAUUGGAGUUGAAUUUCACAGGGGGUUUCCUGUGAUGAUGCGCCCUCCGAGAGAGAUGAAUUUAAAGAUAAAAGAUGAUUUAAAAAAAUUUGUAACAUAUCACAGACAUCCGAGGUGUACACAUACUGGUGAUGAGCUUUGGAAAAUGAUGCUGGGUGGUAAAGUUUUUUUUUUGACAGACGAAUGAUGGUGAGGAUUACAUUCCGGACGAUUAGAGUAGUUUUAAGCAAGGAUCACGUAUUGUACGUAUGUGUUGUAAAUAGCAUAAAUAAAAAAUUACGUUUAAAAGUAAAUAAUUCAGAGUAAA